GCCCGCGCCGCCGCCCCGACGCGCGUGCUCGUGAGUCAGUGUGGGAGCCAUCGGGCGGGACAGCCCGCGAGGAGGCUCGGGGCCUCUAAUCCCGGGGACUGUCAUCUCUCCGGGAGCGCGCAUGAAGCGGACUUUCAUUUCCGACAGGGGAGGUGUGCUUCCGCCUGCUGGGCGCCCGCGUAAUGUGUCGUCGGGGGUAUACGGGUCGGGGAGCCGUGUCGUGCUGUGUGUGUGUAUGUGGUUCCUCUGGGCGAAGUUAUAUAGUGUCGCCCAUCUUUUAGCACUGCGGAGGCGUUCGCCCGAGUCUGACACGGCCUGACAAUCUUCCAAGCCGAUGCAGAGGUGAACUAUCCUGCCGCGUUUAAAACCGUGGAUGUCCGUGGCGCUCCAACGUUAUUUCAAUCUUUUUUCCAAAAAAUCCGCAGUCUAGCGCCUGGGAGGUAGGCCGUCAGGCCCGCCCUAUGUCGGCCGUGUCCACCCAGUUGCCUAUCCCGGGCUCGUCAGGCGCUCACGCGUCGAUACCCAGUUCGCACAAUACCGGAAGUGGCGGGAGUAUUUUGGGGUGAACCUUGCAGGAUUUAUACCUACAUGUCGCAUGGAUGAGUUAUUGUACAAAAUGAAUACCGCUAGCCAGCAGGGAACGGGUCAGUUCGAUAGGACAAACUUCGGGAAAACAGUCUGCUUGCGGUGCGUUUCCUGGAGAUGAUGCGUUUCUAGACACACAUGCCUUUUUCCAAGCUGGGGAGGUGUCCCACUCAUUAGUCGUGUACUCAUUAUUUCGCUUCAUUGCUAAUCAGUUCGCGCUUCCUGAGAGCGUGGUGCAGUGUGGCUUGUAAUAUGCAGAGUGGGCACCCCCUUUCCCCCCCUCACGAACACACACAAACAAACACACACUCUCGCACAACGCUCAUACAACAUCUCACACCGGUGCAACGCCGACGGUGAGCGCUAGCGCUAGUCCGUUGUACAGACGCGCGAAAAACAUGAAAGCAAUCGCUAUUCUUUUCCUUUCGUUUAUAGUGCAGUGGCGCCCCCCGCCCGGACAGGUGAGAGCGAGCAUCGGCGCACCAGGCACCAUAAGGGACUACGCGCGAGUGUGUGUGUGUGUGUGCAUGUGUGUGUAUGCUGGGCUAGCCUACGAGGAGUACUUCCCCGUGCGAACAAAAACAUAUGCGCUGUAAUUGUGUGGCUGUUGGCAGGCCUGGCUAUUGUUGCUGCCCGUAAUAGCCGCAGCCGCAGCCGUCCCGGUGAACCGUGCAGCUGGCGCCACCGUCGCCGCCUCCCCAGCUGCCGCUGCAGCAACAUCAGUGUCGUCGGCAGCGUCAGCAGGCAGGUACAUGGCGGGCCGGCCUAGGAUAUUCGCCAACUCGCUGGGGGACGCCAUCGAGGGCGUGGGCUUCCUACCGCUGACGCUGAACGUCCCGGACAUGCUGAGCAGCAUGGCCAGCGGCAUAACGUCACUCAUGGGCCAGGCCCUGGCGUUCGUCAUCCCCGCCGAGACCGAGUCGCAGCCCCGGCGGCCUCGGCCCACGGCCAGGCCCACCGCCCGGCCCGUCACGCGCCCGCCGGCCGUGCGGCCGCAGAGCCCGCCCACGCACGCCAUCCCCGCUAAAAAGAGAAGGAAGAAGCCUCAGCCAACACAGCUCCAGCUCGUCCCCCAGGUCAACAAGGUCAAGAAGAAGCCCCUCUUUUGGCCUCCACCCCCGGCCCUCCCCCCGGCCCCGGCAUCCUCGGCUCCCCCGCGCAGGAAGGGCGUGGCGUCCACCGCGAGCCCCUCGGCCAGCACGACGCCGCCGACCAGCACCACGACCACGCACGCGACGGCCCUCCCGCUGGUGACCAGCACCCCGCCGCCAGCUCGGCCUCUACCGCCGGCGGUCACUCGGCCUGCGCACGGCGCGCACAGCCCCUCCGGCGGCGGCCCCAGGCCCGCCUCGCAGAAGCCGCCCGUCAACAGGCCGCCCGCCCCCGUUGUGAACAUCACGCCGAAGCCGCUCCCCGCCUCGACGCUGAGGCCGUUUGCGGCGGGCGGGAGCAUCGUCCCCAGGCCGCCAAUAGGAAGCGCUCCUGUACAGAGGCCGCUGGCCAUCCAGACCCCUGCAUUAGCCUCCAGCCCCCCCAGUCCUAUAAGUACCCCCAGUCCUUCCGGACCUUUCAGCUCUACAAGUCCCUCCAGUAGCAUGACCACUUCCAGACCCUCUCGACCCUCACCCUCUCGACCAACGAAUUCCCCUAGUGUGUUCAGUAGUACAUCCAGUGCCCCCAUUCUCUUAAACCUCUCGAGACCCACCAGGCCCACAACUAGUUCCUCCAGUGCGCCUAGUACGUCUAGUGCCCCCAAUCUCUCCAACUAUUUGAGACCUUCCAGACCAACUACUCCCCCCAGCGUGCCUAGCACGCCAAGUGCCCCCAGUCUCACCAGCCCAUCAAGGCCCCCCAGACCUCGACCCCCGAUAACCCCCUCUUCCUCUAGUACCCCAGCCCUCAUCCUGGUACUUUCCAGCACUUCCACCCCUCCCAGCACCACAGCCAGUCCGUUCAGGCCGAGUAGCACCACAAAACGGCCGUCUAAAAAGCCACCUAAGAAUGCUACCACUGCACCUAUCCGAGAGCCCGGCAAAGUCACCAAGAAACGUAAGAAGAAGCCGUCGAGGAGAAAGACUGCUUCUCAUCUUCGGGAGGAGGAGACCGUUAGUGCUUGAUUUUUAGAUGAUUGUGUUGUUCGUCUUGUUUUUUUCGACGAUGAGUAAUUGUGAUAUUAUUUAUGUGUAUAUUGUGUAAUCGACCAUCCACCGACUAGUUUAUCACUAAGAGAUGACUUACAAAAUGUUUAACAUUUAACUGACAAGCUUAACCUAAUGAUUUGCGAGUUAUUUUUCAUUGCUUAAUAUGAGGGGCAGUAGAAAAAAAACUCAAGCGGACGCCUAAAACUAUUUAUACUGCUUUCUUGUCACAUUACAUCACAUGCAUGUUCUGAGGCAUUUCAAACAAAGACAUUUCACACUUUUAUCUGUCAUCGUGAAAUUAAUAACUGAAUAUUUUCCUUCCUCUUUGAAAUACUCCAUUGUGAAGAAAUACCAUAAUUGCAACUGUAGGCAUGCCUCUACAACGGUCACAUAAUGCAUUUUUUCUUAAA